UUGUAAACGACCAUCAACAAUAAUGGCGGUGCAAUUGGAAUGGUGGUUUCUCCUCGUUUUACCAAUUGUUUUAUCUCAAAAUGAAUUCAUUCCGUUCACAACGGAAAGUGAUUGCACAACAGUAACUGCAUCAGGACAACCAUUCAAACAGUAUUUCGAUACCUCGCUGAUGAAAUGUGUGGAAUGUCCAAGCAAUACAUCAAUGCAGGAUGUCAGCCCCGAUGGAUACUCGUGUAUUUGUAAACCAGGUUACAGAUAUCUGACUGAUUUUGGAGGAGCCAAUGUUCGGUGUGAGAAGUGUCCUCCACAGCAGGCCAGGUCUGCUGAUGGGUGGAGGUGUGUCACGUGCCAGACUGGAACAUCAUUUAAUGACCAAACACAGACAUGUGAUCCUUGUCCUGUCAAUAAUGUACCAGUGGAGAGGCAGGUUAAUGGUAGACUAGUGUCAGCUGUAGGAGGUGGGAGUGCCCAGGACUGCCAGGCCUGUACAGAUGCUACCAGCCUUAAUGAGCAGGGCGACAGGUGUGUGAGAUGCAGCACGAUACUGAAGCUGAACCCUAACCUUACAUCAUGUGUCUGUCCCAGUGAACUGAAAGGUGGUAUUUGUUUUCCUACCCCCAUCAACUUAAAGAUCAACACAGUGCCUCUAGUUAGUGGAACAGCACAGUCAUCCUAUGUAGAAGAACAUGUUGAGGCAGCAUAUGUUAUGUGUAAAGAGUUUCAAAACAUGACAGCAUGUCAGAUUUUGAGUAACCUGUGUGUUUUGUCGUGGUAUGAGUAUGACAGUGACCCCAGAGAAACGAAGACGUGCAACCUGUACAAACUCAUUUCCAGGACUGUUGGACAGGAGUGGAAUAGUUUUCUUCCUUGGAUAUAUUACACUGAGAAUGGGCUGAAGUUUCAGGAGGGAGACAGGAUUCUGGAUGAUGAUAAACUGACCACUGAGUACACGUUCAGUCCUGUGUCUUCCCUAGAAUAUCGAGUGGCCAGAUACACCUUAAAUGGAACUUACCUGGGGAUUUCCAAUGUAACGGAUGGACGACUACAGCUGUGCUCGGACACAACCUCACGACUCAAUGCAGCGUACACAUUUGGCACUUACUACGAACAAAGUUGCUCCGUCCCAGCAAUAGAACUUUGGGACACCAAGAAAUAUCAGCUGGAAUUCUAUGAUCUGUAUAUUGAGUUUACAAGAAAUGGAGAACAACAGCUGUAUUCCGCCCCAAUAAAAUUCAACAAUCUGGCAUAUGGAGGAGAUCGUGUCAAUACAGGUUCAAGUUCACGUGACUGGAUAUUGACGCGACGAUUUUUCCUUGUGGAUAAUGUGGUAACCACAGGGAGAGUCACAACCGGAAGUACAGGGAGUGCAUCCUCCCAGCCCCAAUAUGUGAGAUAUGCAAAGAGCAUCGAGAUAUCUGUGACACUUUACAGUACUCUAGGAAAUGGCCGAAUAUACCCUCCACUGAUGUCUGUUACCUACGACCAGGUGUCGCUGGCCAGUGCUCAGGCAGGGGCCACCAUCACUCCCACUUUCAAGGUGAAAUACAGCAUGUCAUUGGAUGCAUAUAGGAAGGAUUUCCAGAUUGCUGUGGGAACUCUGUCAACACUCGGGGUGAUUUAUGCCGGCUAUAAAACGUGGGUUUGGUCAAAGAGAGCUGGCAGACUGGCCAUUGAUUUCGCUGCCAUCGUUAAUUUUGUAUUUUUCGUCAGUGGAGUGCUGUCUAACGUCUUCUUUGUCAUCACAUUUGGAAUAGCAUUUUACUUUCUCAUAUUUUACAAGAGACAGAAUGUUGUGUAUCUUUUCUUGUUGGAAGGCACUUACUAUGAGGAGUGGCUGGGUCUCUUUGGAUCUGCGUUCGCCUUGAAAUUUCUACAGGUAGCUCACAUGGUGGCAUCCCAGUGCACCGUGGACAUUUUCUUCAUUGACUGGGAGAAACCAAAGGGAGCCGUAGGGAUGAAAUCGGACGGCACCAAGAAGGAAAACCCUGUGUCGAUUUGGAGGACAUACUUUGCAGCAAAUGAAUGGAAUGAGAUUCAGACAUGCCGGAAGAUAAACCACAUCUUCCAGAUCUUUGCUGUGGUGUUCUUCUUGAGUUACGUUGGAUUUGAGAAUGUGGCGACUAAAGACCCUAAUGGACAGGUGGUGAAGAGUUCGUCAGACUACCGAGCUCCCUAUGACCCCAUGUUUAGAUACGCAGUGGGUGCCCUUGUGUAUCUCCUUGUGGCAUUUGUUCAAUGGUUAUUUUUUACACUCAUCUAUGAGCGGUUCUUCGAGGACAAAGUUCGAGAUUUUGUGGACCUGUGCUCCAUGGCUAACAUUAGUGUGUUUAUCAUGCACCAUGCCCAGUAUGGCUACUACAUUCAUGGACGCUCAGUGUACGGCAAGGCAGACACAAACAUGAAUGAGAUGUUCGAGAUGAUGAAGAGAGAAGAGAAAGACUUAGUCGGUCAGAGAGGACUUCUACCAAAUACUGAGCAGCAGACGUUUGUGAUGACGCUCCCUCGCAAACUCCGUCUGAAGUAUGAGGAGGUUCUGCUAGCUGUUGCGCUGGAGGGUGCUGCUGGAGGUCCGCAGGCAAUGAAGGAAAAGGGCGGAAUCAAGGAAAAGCAAGUGGAGGCCUACAAUGUCAUCAAUAAGUUCUUGUCUACCUUCAUCGACCAUUCUUUGAAAAAGUUGGACUACCAAGUCCGGGACAAGACACUGUUGGAGAGCAUUAUGGACACAGAGUUUUUAGAUGCCUCAGAGAAGGGAUAUUUUUACAAUGAUGAUGGCCAUUCUUUUGAUCAGUGUUUGUUUUAUGGGAAUGAGAUCACCUUGCUUCUCUUUGAUACUUUACUGUUCUGUAUUAUCGAUCUCAUAGCCACAAACUUUGUCCUGUCAGGAAUUCUCACCUAUGUUAUAGUAGAGCUUAUUGCUUUGGUGCGAGAUCAUGGAGGACGUAAAAACCUAGCAAAGAAGACCCUGGUGGACGAACGCUUCUUAAUAUAGUGCUAAGUACCAGUGACUAUCAACAAGCAUUCUAGAGUCGUGAUGUUAGUGAGCAAACAGAUCUUAAUGUAAUACUUUGUAUCAGUGACUUUCAACAUUCUGGAGUUGUGAUGCUUAUUAAGAUUGUGUGACUGAGUAUGUCAAUUUGACUUGGAGUUUGUUAGAUUUUGCCAUAAGAGUUAUGUUUCAUUGUAUACUGUAUUUUAUGUAUAUUUUUAUAUGAACUUUUUAACAUGUAAAAGUAAGCUAGAAUUCUCAGAUUAACCGUCCAAUAUCAUCAGUUCUCUGUACGUUACUACAAUGACAUUAUUUAUUUUAGUUUAGUGACAUAAUGUGCACAUUUUUGACAUUUCUUUUACAUGUAUAUGCUAUUUAUAAAAUUGUUUUAAAGUAAAGAAAAAAAAUCAUUGGAGAUUGGAUCUGUGUAUAUAUAAUUAUGCAAAUGAUGAUUAUUAGGUGUUCAUGUUAAUGAUGUGGUAAAUUGAUUACUAAAUCAAUUGCAAGGCUGUAAAUGAUGAUUAUUAGAUAUACAAAUUAAUGAUGUGGUAAAUUGAUUACUAAAUCAAUUGCAAGGCUGUAAAUGAUUAUUAGAUAUACACAUUAAUGAUGUGAUAAAUUGAUUGCUAAAUCAAUUGAAUUGCAGGCUGUAAAUGAUGAAAGGUACAAAUGAAAAUAGUGAAAUAUG